AUGAGACUAGAGCCUUUUAUACUUGUGAAGGCAGCAGAAGUACAGCAAGUGAAGGUGGAGCCCCAGAGAACCUUGAACCCGGCAAACAGAAGUACAGCAAGUGAAGGUGGAGCCCCAGAGAACCUUGACACAGGCAGCAGAAGUACAACAAGUGAAGGUGGAGCCCCAGAGAACCCUGACACAGGCAGCAGAAGUACAGCAAGUGAAGGUGGAGCCCCAGAGAACCUUGACCCCAGGCAGCAGAAGUACAACAAAGGAAUGAAUAAAAGUAGGAGAUAUAGAGGAAAGAGGAGAAAUAAAGCACACACGGAAUUAGACAAAGUAAACAUAAAGAAAGAACAGGAAAAUAAUAAAAGUAAUAAAAGUAUCGAUAAGAAGAAGAUGAGGGAAAAUCUUGUAGAAAAUAAAAGCCAGAAGGAAAGUAAAGAAGACAAGAGUUACAACGGAGAGAGAAUAAAUAAAAACAGCAGAAAGAUAAACAAGAAGACAAACAAAAAUGUGAUAAAUAACAAAGUGCAGAAAAGAAUAGGCAAAGGUAGACUAAGAGAUAAAGAAACAGAGAAGAACGACACAGACAAAGAACAUCAAAGAAGAAGAGGAAAUAAAACGUUGAAAAACAACAGAAAAAACAUGAACAAUAGUAAACAGAAGAAGAAAAGCGGGAGUAGAAACACCGCAACAAAGAUGAAGAAUGAAAAAAAUACAAGAAAGACUAUAAAGAAGAUAAUGAAGAAUAAGAGGAAGAAUAACAAUAAUAAGAUAAAGAAUUUGAGUAAGAAAAAGAAAAAUCAAAGUAACAAGAAUAUGAAAAAUAAUGAGAAAGAAGGAAAAACGAAGAUAGAGAGAACAUCUAAGAAUAAGAAGCGUAACAGAAAGAUGGUUAACAGAGUAAUGAAGAAUAAGAAAGGAGGAACAAAGAAGGUUAGUGAAAAAUUCAAGAAUAAGAAAGGAUGGAAAAAGAAGAUAGAGAAACAGUUCAAGAAGAAGAAGCAGACUGGCAAUAAAUACAAGAUAAAGAAGAAGACAGGUAGAAAAUCUAAGAAUAUAAAAGAUGGAAAACAACAAGUUAAAAGAAAAUCCAGGAAUAAGAAGAAAAGAAAACAGGAAGUUGAUAAAAAAUCCAAAACAGAGAAUAAUGGAAGAAAAUCUAAGAACAAGAAGAGAAGAAAGAAGAAAAUUAACAAAAAAAUGAAGAACAAGAAGAGAAGAAAGAAGAAAAUUAACAAAAAAAUGAAGAAUAUGAAAACAGGGAAGCAAAAUUUAAGAAAAAAUACAAUAAAUAAGAAAAGAGGGAAGGAGAAGAAAGGUCAGAAAACUGAGAAUAAGAAGAAUGGAAGGCAAUCCAAGAAUAUGUUAAAGAAUAAAAAGAUUGGUGGUAAAUAUAAGAACAAGAAGAUUGGUAGUAAAUCUAAGAAUAGGAAGACUAGCAGUAAAUUUAAGAAUAAGAGGGAUGGCAGUAAACUUAAGAAUAAGAAGGCAGGCAAUAAAUUUAAGAAUAAGAAGAUUAAUAGUAAAUCUACAAACAAAAUGAUUGGUAAUAAAUCCAAGAAUAAAAAGGGUAACAGUAAAUUCAGGAUAAAUAAGGAAACGAAACAAGUUAGAAAGAUGUCUAAGAAUAAGAAGAGAAGGAAGCAGAAAUCCAGGAAAAAUAAGGAAAGGAAACAUGUUAGAAAGAAGACUAAGAAUAAAGAAGGAAAGAAGCAGAAAUCCAGGAAAAAUAAGGAAAGGAAACAUGUUAGAAAGAAGACUAAGAAUAAAGAAGGAAAGAAGCAGAAAUCCAGGAAAAAUAAGGAAAGGAAACAUGUUAGAAGGAAGACUAAGAAUAAAGAAGGAAAGAAGCAGAAAUCCAGGAAAAAUAAAAAAAGGAAACAUGUUAGGAGGAAGACUAAGAAUAAAGAAGGAAAGAAGCAGAAAUUUAGGAAAAAUAAGGAAAUGAAACAUGUUAGAAGGAAGACUAAGAAUAAAGAAGGAAAGAAGCAGAAAUCCAGAAAAAAUAAGGAAAGGAAACAUGUUAGAAAGAAGACUAAGAAUAAGGAAGGAAUGAAGCAGAAAUCCAGGAUAAAUAAGGUUGAGAGAAAAUCCAAGAAAGGACAAUAUAAGGAUGAUCCUUGCAAGAAGCUUCUGCAAGAUUGCAAGAACUUUGGUGGUCGUUGUGUCAGUCCAGAUAAGAAGUGUUUAACUACACACAAGACUUACACCAGAGGCUCCUGUCAGUCUUGCAAAUGUUGCAAACAACAAUGCAAGACGAAGAAGAAGUGCAAGAAGCGUGGAGGGAAGUGCAAGAAGACGUGUUCGGCGAGUGAGAGCGAGUUAUUGAAAGGUUGUAAAGGAAAGAAGUGCAAGUGUUGUGUGUUGGGCGACAGUAAAGAGAAUAAACUUGAUACUGAUAGUGAUAUAUUAUGUCUGGGGAUGUCUCCUUGA